AGUGGAGCGAUGACUCGUAUGGGAUAUCAACGCAAAUCCCUUGCCGGCCGUCGUCGUUUCGUUCAAAACUCAAGCCAUCGGUGGUGGGAUUUCCCCCCGCUUUUCUGAAUGAUAUUGGCAGCAAAGUCCUCCGCAUUUUCUGGAUUCUUCUCUAAUACAUAUUCCUCCCUUGAUCCUGUGGCACACCUUUGUAUAAGGGGAUUGUGCUGUUGUGGUCGGUCAGCCUGCCAUCUCCCUUGCGACAUUAUUUCUGUUGAAUUGUGAUCGUCGUCAUCAACAUGACUGGCACUUCAUCAGGAAAUGGUCUCGUCCGCCUUAAUGAUUUGGAGGCUGGCCGUUCCAAGGACAAUGAUGAUCUCGACAAUCACUUUGAUCCUGAUGCCGACCCUUCCGAUCCCUUUGACAUUUCUCAAACUAAGAAUGCUCCCCCCGAGACUCUCAAACGCUGGAGGCAAGCGGCACUUGUUCUAAAUGCUUCUCGUCGAUUUCGCUACACAUUGGACUUGAAAAAGGAAGGAGAAAAAGAGCAAAGAAAGAGGAUGAUAAGAGCUCAUGCGCAAGUCAUCAGAGCAGCAUUGCUUUUCAAAUUGGCUGGGGAAAAUGAAUUUGUGUCAGAUGCACCAGUUGCAUCACCAGUUGAUGGCGGUGAUUACGCAAUUGGACUAGAACAACUUGCAUCAAUGACCCGUGAUCAUAAGUUACCUGUACUUGAACAAUAUGGCGGAGUUAAAGGCUUGUCAGGUAUGUUGAGAACAAAUUUAGAGAAAGGAAUUAAUGAGGAUGAGGCUGAUUUGUCAAACCGGAGGAAUGCAUUUGGAUCAAAUACAUAUCCACGGAAAAAGGGUCGAAGUUUCUGGAUGUUCCUCUGGGAGGCGUGGCAGGAUUUGACCCUUAUUAUAUUGAUUAUAGCAGCCGCUGUGUCGCUGGGGUUGGGAAUAAAGACAGAGGGUUUGAAAGAAGGAUGGUAUGAUGGGGGUAGCAUUUUCUUUGCUGUUUUUAUUGUUAUACUUGUUACAGCUACUAGUGAUUAUCGUCAAUCUCUUCAAUUUCAAAAUCUAAAUGAGGAAAAGCGAAAUAUACAACUUGAGGUCAUCAGAGGAGGUAGAACUGUGAGGGUUUCAAUAUAUGAUCUUGUUGUUGGUGAUGUUGUCCCACUAAAUAUUGGUGAUCAGGUCCCCGCUGAUGGAGUUUUAAUCACUGGCCAUUCUCUAGCAAUUGAUGAAUCCAGCAUGACUGGAGAGAGCAAGAUCGUUCACAAGAAUAAAAAAGAACCAUUUCUAAUGUCUGGCUGCAAAGUUGCUGAUGGUUUUGGUACCAUGCUGGUGACUGGCGUUGGAAUAAAUACCGAGUGGGGACUAUUAAUGGCAAGUAUCUCCGAGGAUAAUGGUGAAGAGACCCCUUUGCAGGUACGGCUAAAUGGAGUUGCAACUUUUAUCGGCGUAGUUGGGCUUUCAGUAGCUGUUUUUGUGCUUGCUGUUCUUUUGGCAAGAUACUUCACUGGAAAUACUGAAGAUCCAGAUGGAACCACACAAUUUAUUAAAGGACGAACUAGUUUUGAUGACGCAUUUAAUGAUGUUGUUAAAAUUUUUACGAUUGCAGUUACAAUCGUUGUCGUUGCAGUGCCUGAAGGGCUUCCUUUGGCUGUUACCUUGACUCUUGCAUACUCGAUGCGGAAGAUGAUGGCGGAUAAAGCUUUGGUUCGUCGACUUUCAGCAUGUGAAACAAUGGGCUCUGCAACAACAAUUUGCAGUGAUAAGACUGGCACAUUGACUUUAAAUGAGAUGACUGUUGUUGAAGCUAUUGUUGGGAAAAAGAAGAUAAAUCCACCUGUAGAUUCUUCCCUGUUGCACCCAUCGGUCGUGUCUCUGUUGAGUGAAGGAGUUGCUCAGAAUAGCACAGGGAAUGUUUUUGUGCCUAAGGAUGGUGGUAAUGUUGAGAUUUCUGGAUCUCCUACAGAAAAAGCUAUCCUUUCUUGGGCAAUAAAAUUGGGGAUGGAAUUUGAUGCUAUCAGAUCAGAAUCCACUAUUCUUCAUGUUUUCCCUUUCAACUCUGAGAAAAAGCGUGGUGGUGUUGCAGUACUACAGUCUGAUUCUGAAGUUCAUAUACACUGGAAGGGAGCAGCUGAGAUGGUUUUGGCCGCAUGUUCUGGAUAUCUUGAUUCAAACGGUUGCCUUCAAUCCAUGAAUGAAGACAAGGAAUUUUUUGAGGCUGCUAUUGAUGAAAUGGCUGCAAGUAGCCUGCGCUGCGUUUCCCUUGCAUACAGAUCGUAUGAACAGGAAAAAGUUCCUAGUGAUGAAGAGAGUUGUAAUGAUUGGGUCUUACCUGAAGAUAACCUUGUUUUGCUUGCAAUUGUUGGUAUUAAGGAUCCUUGUCGCCAAGGUGUUAAAGAUGCUGUGAAAAUAUGUAUGGAUGCUGGUGUUAAGGUACGUAUGGUCACCGGAGAUAAUAUCCGAACAGCCAAAGCAAUAGCUUUGGAGUGUGGGAUACUUAGUUCUGCACAAGAUGUUACUGAGCCUACCAUCAUUGAAGGAAGGGUAUUCCGAGAUUUAUCUGAAAAAGAAAGAGAACAAAUGGCUCAGAAAAUAACGGUAAUGGGGAGAUCUUCUCCAAAUGACAAGCUUUUGCUCGUUCAAGCCUUGCGUAAGGGAGGGGAUGUUGUGGCUGUGACUGGAGAUGGUACCAAUGAUGCUCCUGCACUUCACGAGGCAGAUAUAGGUCUGUCUAUGGGCAUUCUAGGGACAGAAGUCGCAAAAGAAAGUUCAGAUAUAAUUAUAUUGGAUGAUGAUUUUGCUUCAGUUGUGAAGGUUGUUCGCUGGGGUCGUUCUGUUUAUGCCAAUAUUCAGAAGUUUAUACAAUUCCAGCUUACUGUGAAUGUUGCAGCACUUGUAAUCAAUGUCGUGGCAGCAGUAUCCUCCGGUGAUGUUCCUUUAAAUUCAGUGCAGUUACUAUGGGUUAACCUGAUCAUGGAUACUCUUGGAGCACUUGCAUUGGCCACUGAGCCUCCAACAGACAACCUUAUGCAUAGGACCCCGGUUGGCCGAAGAGAACCUCUAAUUACAAACAUCAUGUGGAGGAACUUACUCAUACAGGCUUUAUAUCAAGUUACUGUUCUCCUCGUGCUCAACUUCUCAGGCUUGACCAUUCUUGGUUUGAAGGAUGAUGGUGACAAGGCUCAUGCUCAUGAAGUGAAGAAUUCUUUGAUAUUCAAUGCUUUUGUCAUGUGUCAAAUAUUCAAUGAGUUCAAUGCUAGAAAGCCUGAAGAAAUCAAUUGCUUCAAAGGAGUGACUAAAAACUACCUAUUUAUGGGAAUAGUUGGAUUUACUCUCAUACUUCAGAUAAUCAUCAUCGAGUUCCUUGGAAAAUUUACCUCGACAGUACGACUCGAUUGGCAGCUGUGGCUUGUAUCCGUUGGCAUCGGCAUUAUCAGCUGGCCUCUUGCAAUCGUGGGGAAGCUGAUUCCAGUUCCGAAGACUCCGGCUUCGGCAUUCUUCGUAAAGCCAUUUCGACAAUGCAGAAGGGCCAGGGAUGAUGCAUGAAUGGGGUAUUUCUGCAAUAAGUAAAAAUUUGCUAUCAAAUCAAAGAAUUUUCCAAAUGUGUAUAUAGAAAGAGGCGGGCGGUUGCUUAAAUCCUUUUUCUACACAAAAGGCAACAAUUAUGCUUGGCUGAGUCAAACUAAAUUUAUGUAUUUUAGAAGGCUUUGGUGAAACUGAAACCUCAAGGAUUUGCUUCA